AUGGCUGCUAAAAUCAAGGCUGGUUCUGUGGUGGAGAUGCAGGGUGAUGAAAUGACCCGGGUCAUCUGGGAGCUCAUCAAACAGAAGCUCAUCUUCCCCUACCUGGAGCUGGACUUGCACAGUUAUGACCUCGGAAUGGAGAACCGCGAUGCUACGGACGACCGGGUGACUGUGGAGGCAGCUGAGGCAGUGCGACGCUACAGCGUGGGCAUCAAGUGUGCCACCAUCACACCAGAUGAAAAGCGCGUUGAGGAGUUCAAGCUGAAGCAGAUGUGGCGCUCACCCAACGGGACCAUUCGGAACAUACUGGGCGGCACUGUCUUCAGGGAGGCCAUCAUCUGCCGAAACAUCCCUCGCCUAGUACCCGGCUGGGUGAAGCCUAUCAUCAUUGGCAGGCACGCCCAUGGAGAUCAGUACAAAGCCACCGACUUUGUGGUUCCCGGGCCAGGCAAAGUGGAGAUGAUCUACACGCCUCAAAGCGGAGAACAGGUCAAGUUUGUCGUCCACAAUUUUGAAGGCACUGGGGGCGUGGCAUUGGGGAUGUACAAUACAGACAAAUCCAUCAGGGAUUUUGCUCACAGCUCCUUCCAGAUGGCUUUGGUUAAAUGCUGGCCUCUCUACCUCAGCACCAAGAACACAAUCUUAAAGAAGUAUGAUGGGCGAUUCAAAGACAUUUUUCAGGAGAUCUAUGAAAAGGAAUACCGCGCUCAGUUUGAAACCAAAGGUAUCUGGUAUGAGCACCGGCUCAUAGACGACAUGGUGGCCCAGGCCAUGAAGUCAGAUGGAGGAUUCAUUUGGGCCUGCAAGAAUUACGAUGGAGACGUACAAUCCGACUCUGUGGCUCAAGGCUAUGGUUCUCUGGGUAUGAUGACCAGUGUGCUGAUCUGUCCCGACGGACGAACCGUAGAAUCUGAGGCGGCGCACGGCACAGUGACGCGACACUACAGGCAACACCAGCAGGGCAAAGAAACCUCCACGAACCCCAUAGCCUCCAUUUUUGCGUGGACGCGGGGCCUCCUCCACAGGGCAAAACUGGACAACAACGUAGAGCUGCGUGUGUUCUCAGAAGCACUGGAGGCUGUUUGCGUAGAGACCAUCGAGGCGGGCUUCAUGACCAAGGAUUUGGCCAUCUGCAUCAAAGGACUGCCAAAUGUAACACGUGCCGACUACCUGAACACCUUCGAGUUCCUCGACAAGCUGGCAGAGAACCUGAAGGCCAAGCUUGCAAAUCAACCCAAGUUGUGA